UUGGUGUAUUACCUUCAUUUCGUUUGUUUUCCAGUUAGAUCGGUACAAAAACUAUUUUAGCUGACGUGUGCAAAGUAUGAAAGGACCUCCGGAGACUUUAAAGGAAGCAGAAGCUGGCGGGGCAGUUGUUGAAUUAAGAACGGCUGAGAUUCAUGCUGUAGUUGAACCAUCCCCAGUAAACAAUGAACCAAUGAAUGCCCAAGAUUUGCUCGAGCAAUACAGCUGGAUGGCUGAGGCAGAAGAAUUUGAUCAACAGGUUAUGGAGCAGAUAAAGCAAGAGGAUUACAUUGAACAAUGUUUUGAAGACAUGUGGAAUGAGGAGGCAAGGGUGGUUGGUCACAACCCCAUUAACAGUGAAACAGAUGCAACAGCAAUUGAAAAUGCAUGUAACGGUUCAUUAGAGGAUUCUGUUACGAGCCUUUCCCUUCGUGAUAACCAACCACAGCUCGAAGAGCACUUGAAUCCAAACGCCGUCUCUUUUGUGCCAAGAUGUGACAGUGAUUCAUAGAAUGUUGCAUUUAAUGCUUAUUCUUGAAAACCAAAGUAUUAAAAAAGAACUUAUUGUUGUAAAGGAUUCAGUUUGCUAUCAAACACUAUACAUCAUGGAUAAGUUUUUCCACCCCGUAACCGAUCUCAUUCUACGUUUAAUAUUUAGUUCUUCUGCAUAUCGGUGCUACUUCUGUUUCUACUUGCCUGGAACUGUUAGCACCCACAAAAAUAUAGAGGAUGCCACUUUAUGUAUUGUGCAAUACAGAAGCAGCCGUUGUGCAAAAAUGGGAAUUUGUUUUUUUUUGGUGGAGUUUUUUUUAACUUUGAACAUUCGCCUUUGUUACAAUUUUCUUCUACUUUUUAUUCCUUCGGUUUCACGUUUCACUAUUCUUUUUGUUUUUGCUCAACUUGUUUGACGUUAAAUAAACUCUACCCUUUUCCCACC